AUGGUUUAUACACUAGUCGUCAACCUCUACUCACGGCCCGAAGAGGAGUGUAUCAACAACCUCAAGGCAAAACUCGCCGAGGCCAGUCGCGUCUACUCUCAGGAUGAGGGAACCAUUUCUUGGUUCGUCAUGCAGGAUCCCAAGGAUCCACGGGCCUUCACUAUUGUCGAACGCUACGAAAAUGAGCUCAGCCAGAAAAUUCAUCUAGCAAACCCUUACUGGAAGACUUUUGAUCCUUACGUUAUUCCGCUGCUGGCGAGACAGAUGGAUCUGCGAAGAUAUAACGAACUGGACACGAAGGACCCCGUAGUAGCACCGGAGUACGACGCCGAGAAAUAUCCUGAGAGCGCACCUAAUGAAAAAUGGGGCGCUUAUGUGGAUGAGCAUAUUGAGAGUGCAAAGUCAUAUGUUUUGCCUGAGAGCUUGGAAUAG